AAUCUCGUGUGGGUCAUUGACAUUCAAGGUCGGCCAGUCUUGUCUUGUCCCCUCUUACUCCAUUUAGUUCUCGACACCUCCAACCCCCCAAAAAAACCAUCUUCUGUCUCGCUUCUAAAAAAUACUUUCUUAAUCAGCCAUGGAAUUCUCCGAUGGACGUGAAAACCUCGUUUACAUAGCCAAGCUCGCCGAACAAGCCGAGCGCUUCGAAGACAUGGUGGUUGCUAUGAAAAAACUAGCGGAGCUUGAUGUGGAACUGACCGUAGAGGAAAGAAACCUAUUCUCAGUCGGGUACAAAAACGUGAUCGGAGCUCGAAGAGCAUCGUGGAGGAUCUUAUCUUUAAUUGAGCAAAAGGAAGAAACCAAAGGGAAUGAGCAAAAUGUUAAGCAAAUAAAAGGGUAUAGGGAGAAAGUGGAAUUGGAGUUGUCCAAUAUUUGUAAAGAUAUUAUGAGUGUGAUCAAUGAGCAUCUCAUUCCUUCUUGCUUGGGAGGAGAGUCUACUGUGUUUUAUUAUAAAAUGAAAGGGGAUUAUUAUAGGUAUUUGGCGGAGUUUAAGGUUGGUGAUGAGAGGAAAGAGGCUGCUGAUCAGUCCAUGAAAGCAUAUCAGUCAGCAACUACUACAGCUGAAGCUGAGAUGGCUCCUACACAUCCAAUCCGGUUAGGUUUGGUGUUGAACUUCUCUGUCUUUUAUUAUGAAAUUAUGAACUCUCCUGAAAGGGCCUGUCACCUUGCUAAGCAAGCUUUUGAUGAAGCUAUCUCAGAGUUGGAUACUUUGAGUGAGGAGUCUUACAAAGAUAGCACAUUGAUUAUGCAGCUCUUGAGGGACAACCUUUCUUUAUGGACUUCUGACAUCCCAGAGAGUGGAGAAGAAGCUCCAAAGCUUGGUGCUGGUAAAGCUGGCGAAGGAGAGGAAUGAAGCUAAGAAAUGAAAAGUUCCAAUAUUAAAAAAG